AUGUUCGGUCGUAAAGUGCUUACAUUUUAGUCAAAAUAUGUAUUUAGUAAGAAUUAAAUUUCUCCAGAAUUACACCUAUGAAAUAAAAGUUGAAUCCUUCUAGCUGAGAAACUUAUGACUUGAUGUUGUGGACAAGAUAGUGAUGUGCCGAUUAAAAAAUGACUUGGACUUGAAGUCUAUGGAUUGCUGUCGAACAUCGAGAACGGACCAAUGAUAAAUAAAUUGAAAAUGGCGUCGUUUAGCCGACCAAAUGAACCAAGGAAUAUAUUUUACAAUUAAAACAAUCUAGCCAUUUGAUAUAUUACAGUAAAACUUAUAAAAUAAAUUAUUUAAAGUUAUUUACGUGUGUUCGUACCUUGCUAAACGAGUGAGGAAGCAGCAGUGUUUAAGUGAAACCAGAAAUGGUGGUAUAUGUUUUGUCAGAGUGAUAACAUUAAUGUUUACAUGAUUUCGGCGCGGGGCAUAUUGGUAAAAUGUUACCGACAGUGGAGGAGACGCGAGGGUACGACUUCCUGGACCCUGAGAAUGUCGAUAAGUGGCGGGGAGUGUUACUAAACCCCCUUCGAAAGGUUCUGGACGGCAUCCACCCGACGCUGAGCGCGGAGGAGACGGCGCUGCAGUACGUCGAGUCGCUCUGUCUGCGGCUGCUGUCGCUGCUGUGCGCCGUACCCUCGCCACUCACAGUCCAAGAUGUGGAGGAACGAGUCCAGCGCACGUUCCCGACGCCGCUGGACCGCUGGGCCAUCACCGAGGCGCGCGAGAUCACCACCACCAAGCGCCGCAAGCCCGUACUGCCGCACGACAAGCUGCAUCAGCUGCUGCAGAAGGAGGUGCUCAUGUACAAGAUCGACGUGUCGGUGUCGGCGUACAUCACGGCGGUGCUGGAGUACAUGUCGGGCGACAUCCUGCGCCUCGCCGGCAACUACGUCAAGAAGAUCUCGCAGAAGUCCGGCUACGAGACCAUCACCUGCCGCGACAUCAAGACCGCCAUGUGCGCCGACAAGGUGCUGAUGGACAUGUUCUACCAGGAGUCGGAGCACACGUCGUCGGAGUCGUCGGCCAGCGCGGAGCGGCGCGGGCGGCGCGCCUCGCUGUCCUACGCCGAGCUGGUGCGGGACCUGCUGGCCGACGAGAAGCACUUCCUGCGCGACCUCAACCUCAUCAUCCGCGUCUUCAAGGACGAGCUCGAGAAGAUCCUCGACAAGGACAGCCGGGCGAUAUCCCUGAUAUUCGGUAACAUCGUGGACAUAUACGAGCUGACGGUGACGCUGCUCGGCAACCUGGAGGACGCCAUGGAGAUGUCGCAGGACUCGCCCACGCCCUACAUAGGGAGCUGCUUUGAAGAGCUGGCGGAGGUGGAGGAGUUCCGCGCGUACGUGCGCUACGCCAACAUCGUGACGCGCCGCGACUCGCGCCAGGCGCUGCAGAACAUCGUCGACGACCCCGAGCUGUCGGAGCGGCUGGACACGGCGGGCCACGGGUUCCGGCUGGCCGUGAAGUACUACCUGCCGAAGCUGCUGCUGGCGCCGGUGGCCCACGUGUUCCUGUACCACAACUACGUGCUGGCGCUGCUGCAGAUCGCGCCCGCCAACGAGGACCGCGAGAGCUUCAAGCAGAUUACGCCCGCCUCCGAAGACAGGGAGAGCUUUAAACAGGUGGAAUGCAAUCUACAUCCGAUCAAGAAGCUGUUAAUCAAGGCGUUGGGGAACGGGCCCAAAAUUGACGCGACGCUCCGCAUGGCGUCCCGCGCGCGGCGCCAGCUCGCCAUCGAGAAGUGCAACGAGCUGGCGCGCAUCGUGGACAACUGGGACAGCCGGGACAUCGGACAGUGCUGCAACGAGUUCAUCCGGGAGGACACGCUCUCCAAGCUGGGUCCGGGCAAGCGCAUCGCCGAGCGGCGCGCCUACCUGUUCGACGGGCUGCUGCUGCUCUGCAAGCCUAUCACUAGCAUAGUGGCGACCAGCGGCGCGGGCGGCGGCGGCGGCGGCGGCGCGCAGCAGCUCAAGCUCAAGGAGAAGCUCCACAUCCGCAAGCUCGAGCUCGUCGACAGGCCCGACACCGACGAGGGCCGGCAUAUGGUGGAGUUGUGCCCACGCGUGGGCCCGGCCGUGCUGCUGGCGUGCGCGUCCUGCGCCGAGAAGCGACACUGGAUGUGCGACCUCGUCAUGCUCAACACCAAGCCCAUGCUCGACCGAUUCCUCGACAGCAUCCUGCUGGACCUGGAGCGGCGGCACCCGCUGAAGCUGCCGCCCGCGUCGCUGUACCGCUUCGCGGUGGCGGACUGCCCGCAGAACAUCCUGCUGGAGGACGCGGCCGCCGCGCGCCACCACGCUAACGCGCCCGUGCCGCUCAUCAAGGGCGCGACUCUCCUGAAGCUAGUGGAGAGACUCACUUACCACAUCUACGCGGACCUGAACCUGGUGCGCACGUUCCUCACCACGUACCGCUCGUUCUGCUCGCCCGGGGAGCUGCUGGACCUGCUCAUCGAGAGGUUCAAGAUCCCGGAGCCCAGUGAGGUGUACGACACGCCCAGGACUGCGGAGAGCAUAGAGAGCGUGGCGAGCAGCGACGCGGAGAAGCUCAGCAAGAACACGGCGCGCGAGGACUGGAAGCGGUACCGCAAGGAGUUCCAGCAGCCCGUCAAGUUCAGGGUGAUAAACGUCCUCCGCCACUGGGUGGACCAGCACUUCUACGACUUCGAGCGCGAGCCGGCGCUGCUGCAGCGGCUGCGCGACUUCCUCGAGUCCGUGGACGGGAAGCCCAUGCGCAAGUGGGUGCAGAGCGUGCUCAAGACGCUGCAGCGGAAGUCUCAGCCGGUGGAGCUGGAGCCGGGCGCGGCGGGCGUGUCGCACGUGUUCGACCGCCUCCCGCCCGCGACGCUGCGACACGUGGCCGACCCCGAGCGCUGCGGCUGGCACCCGCUCGCGCUGCACCCGCUCGAGCUCGCCCGCCAGCUCACGCUGCUCGAGUUCCAUCUCUACAGGCAGGUGAAACCCUCCGAGCUGGUGGGUGCGGUGUGGACGAAGAAGGACAAGGAGAAGACCAGUCCCAACCUGCUGAGGAUAAUCAAACAUACUACCAAUUUCACGCGCUGGAUGGAGAAGUGGAUCGUGGAGAGCGAGAACCUGGAGGAGCGCGUGGGCGUGGUGUGCCGCCUGCUGGAGGUGUGCGUGGCGCUGCGCCACCUCAACAACUUCAACGGGGUGCUCGCCGUCGUGGCCGCCUGCGGCUCCGCCUCCGUGCACCGCCUCAGGGCCACCUUCCAGAUGGUCCCGUUGCGGCUGCACCGCGCGCUGGAGGAGUUCCGCGAGCUGAACUCGGACCACUUCCGGCGCUACCAGGAGCGGCUGCGCAGCAUCAACCCUCCCUGCGUGCCCUUCUUCGGGAUGUACCUCACCAACAUCCUGCACAUCGAGGAGGGGAACCUCGACUACCUGCCCGAUUCGGAGCUGAUCAACUUCUCGAAGCGGCGCAAGGUCGCGGAGAUCACGGGCGAGAUCCAGCAGUACCAGAACCAGCCCUACUGCCUCCGGGAGGAGCCCAGGACCAGGGCGUUCCUGGAGUCGCUGGACCCGUUCCCGGGCAAGGACGACAACGAGAUCACGAACUACCUGUACGCCAAGAGCCUGGAGAUCGAGCCCCGACUAGCCAAGCAGCCCAAGUUUCCGCGCCGCUUCCCCGAGCUGUCGCUGAAGCAGGUGAAGGUGUCGCGGCGCGCGCAUGCGCACCACGACAGCGCCGCGCCCGCCGCGCCGCAGGACGACACGCUCAGCAUGUCGUCGCAGAUCUCCCCGACCAGCAUGAGCACGUGGGACGGCGGCUCCGUGCAGUCGCUGCCCAUCGACGACCACAGGGGCAGUAAGCAGGAGAUGGUGUCCCCGCGGCUGGAGCGCUGCUCGCUGUCGCAGCUCUCGCAGCUGUCGCUGUUCGACAAGGGGCUCGCGCUCUUCGACAAGAACAAGCCCAACAACAACAACAAAUGCAGCACUCGCGACGAGCCGCCCUCGCCGCGCGACCGACACUCGCCGCGACACGACCGCAGGCCGGCGGCGCUGUCGCCGCGCGGCGCCAUCGUGGACGCCGAGCUGUUCUACUCGCGCAGCGCCGACCACAUCAACUGCAGGAAGCAGGACCAGCAGCAGACGGAGCGCGUCCCGCCGCUGCUGCCGCGCGGGGGCGCGGGGGGCGAGGCGGAGCCCCCGCCCGCGCCCCCGCGCCGCGCCCCCUCGCCCGCGCGCGCCGACCCCGAGCCCCCCGACCGCCCGCAGCCCAGCCCCAAGCAUCACGACCUCGCGCGCAUGCCCGCCAUAUCCCCGCUGCGGUCGCCGCUGGCGCCCGCGGGCAGCCCGCUGCCGCCCGCCGAGCGCGGCCUCGCCUUCCGGUUCGAGUGGCGGGGGGGCGCCGCGCCCUCGCCGCCCGCCCCGCCCGCCCCGCCGCUCACGCCGCAGCUGCCCCCCGCGUGCGGCACCCCUCCCCCGCUGCCCCCCCGCCGCCGCCGGGACUCGGCCGCGCCGCCCACGCCGCUGCCGCCCGUGAGUACACUGCACUACACUCUAUAUGUUUAG